AGGUUGCUUCGUCAACAGUUUUGUGCUGGGAGCCGUGUGGGAAGGUGUAAGGGAGGAAGACCUGGUCCUCACCCUCGGAGAUCUUCUGCUCAACACAGGAGACAAGGUUGAGCAUAAAACAUGUGGGAUUCAUCAGCACAGGAUUCUGCUUCCCCAUCUGCCAUCCGGUCACCUUCUAGACCAUCCUCUGCCUGUGGAGACCCCAGACCUCCGUCCCCCACCUCCCUCCAUGCUCCAGAGAUGUGACCCACCUCCUCUGAUGCAAGGGUGUCCUUCCAGAUCUUUCUCUGGGCACGUGCAUCCCUUCGUAUAUUUGCGUAUUUAUACCCUGGCCGGUUCCUGUGGGAAGUUUGCCCCUUUUGAAAUCAAAGAGCACAUGGUCCUUGCUCCUCGCUGUCGGACCGCCUUCGACCAAGACCUCUGUGACCAGUUAGACCAGCUCCUCCGGCAGCAGAGCGGUGAAUUCUCCUUCCUGAAAGAUCUGAAAAGCCGCCGGCCCCUCAGGUCCGGACCCACCGUGGUUUGUAACCAGAACACAGAGCUUUUUAACAGUGACAUGGUGAUAGUGGAGAGCAGCAAAGUGGACGGCGUCCCCGAAAGGAAGAGGUUUGGCAGGAUGAAGCUGCUGCAGUUUUCCGAGAACCACCGGCCGGCCUACUGGGGGACGUGGAACAGGAAGACGACGGUCAUCCACCCGAGGGACCCCUGGGCCCAGGACCGGAACCUCCUUGACUACGAGGUGGACAGCGACGAGGAGUGGGAGGAGGAGGAGCCAGGGGAGUCCCUCUCCCACAGUGAAGGGGAUGACGAUGAUGAGGUGGGAGAGGAUGAGGAUGAGGACGAUGGUUUCUUCGUGCCCCAUGGGUACCUGUCUGAGGAUGAAGGAGUAACUGAGGAGUGUGCCGACCCGGAGAACCACAAGGUUCGCCAGAAACUGAAGGCCAAGGAGUGGGACGAGUUUCUGGCCAAGGGGAAGAGGUUCCGCAUCCUCCAGCCCGUGAAGAUCGGCUGUGUCUGGGCGGCCGACGGGGACAGUGGAGCUGACCUGAAGGUGCUGCAGCAGUUCUCGGCCUGCCUGCUGGAGACCGCGCCCCCCGAGGAGGAGCAGACGCCCAAGGCCUCCAAGAGAGAGAAGAGGGACCAGCAGAUCUUGGCCCAGCUGCUCCCGCUGCUGCACGGGAAUGUGAAUGGCAGCAAAGUGAUCAUCCGGGAGUUCCAGGAGUGCUGCCGCCGAGGACUGCUCAGCAAGGACGCCGGCAGCCCUGAGCUCAGCGCCGCCAGCCCCCCGAGCCCUGGCCCUUCCCGCCCACAGACCCCCACCGCCGGCGAGGACACCGCCGUCCCCUCCAAGGCCAGGCUCAAGCGGAUUAUUUCUGAGAACUCGGUGUAUGAGAAGAGACCCGACUACAGGAUGUGCUGGUACGUCCACCCACAGGUGCUAAAGAGCUUUGCCCAGGAGCACCUGCCCGUGCCCUGCCAGUGGAGUUACGUCACCACAGUGCCCUCGGCCACCAGGGAGGACAGUGGCAGCGUCCCCACCCCAGGGCCCAGCCAGGGGACGCCUGUCUCGCUCAAGAGGAAGUCGGCGGGCAGCAUGUGCAUCACCCAGUUCAUGAAGAAGCGCCGGCAUGACGGGCAGGUCGGAGCUGGGGACCUGGACGGCUUCCAGGCGGACACAGAGGAGGAGGAGGAGGAGGAAGGCGACUGUGGGAUCAUGGACAUCUCGGAUGUUGGGGACAUCCAGGCCCCCUGUGGAACCACUCCUGGAGCUGGGGGGUCUGUGGGAAUGGACACCAGUGAGAGCCUCGUGGCCUCCAGCUCGCUCGGCCCCUCCUGAGCACCCGGAGUGGCCCGUGUGCGUACGUAGAAUGGUUAGGGUAUUUUCAAUGCCUCUCAGAUACUUGAAAGUCCCGAUUCCUGUGUAAAGAGCACUUUGUCCUGCUUUGCAGACCUCCCUGGAAGUUUGGAAAGUUUUAUAUAGGAUGCUUGAUUAGUUCUUUUUGAUAUUUGUAAAAAUUUCCCCCCCAAAGCUGCAUAUUAUUCUGUUCCCUUGAUAAAGCAUUAUUGUGAUGUGAUGACCUGCACGGGGAAAGCCUGGUCGUGCUCUCCGGACCCCUGGCAGGCACUGUGAUGAGAUGUUUGUAAAUGAAUUGAAGCCCCUCGGGUGCGGCGUGGCACCCGGACCUGACAUGAAUGUGUAUAAACCGUUGUCUAGCCUGA